AAAACACCAACCGACCGAUUCUGCUUUUCCCACAGUUCACAAAACAUUUGCUACGUCUAGAUCUAUGCUCCGAAUGCAACCGGAUCCUCGGCGCAUGCGUACAUUCUAAAAAACGAUUUGCACAACAGCGAAGCAUCAAAGAUGGCGGGAGCCCCCGACCCGCUGGAGGACAUGCUGUCCACCGAGGUGGACGAGAAGGCGGUCAGCGACCUGGUGGGCUCCCUGGAGUCCCAGCUGGGCGACAGAAAACCUCCCGCGGCUUCUGAUCCGAACGGGAAGCGGGACGUGGCGGUGGCCGGCCACCUCUCAGGGAAAGCGGGGUCUUCGGAGCCUCAACAAGGGCACCAAACUGCGGGGUCGACCCGGGAACCCGGCGCCAACCAGCCUCUCUCGGAACAGACCGUUCCCUCCGCCGUUACCGCCGGGACGAUAAGAAACACCGGGACCGGGCUGCAGCCGGUAGGAGCUCCCCCUCUGACCGCGUUACCCGCACCGGUAACUCUGAGCAGCCAGCCCGCUGCUAGCUUCCCCCGGGCUGCCGUCCUGGCUCCCAGCCCGUUGGAGGCGAUCCGGACCUCCUCUCCCAGCGUACAGUCGCUGAACGGGAGCCCCGGGGCCGUCAAGGUGGAGGGCUCACCCGGCCCCCCACCACCCAGCGGGUCUGUGGGUUCACAGCCUGGACCUCCUGCCCCCCAGUCCCCGGCGGGCUCCCCCGCCGUGACCCUGCAGGGACACCCCAGCCCCGUGAUCAGCGCCGCCCAGAAUGGUUUGGACCCCAAAGGUUCUCCCUCCCUUCCAGCCGCUCAGGUCCUGAACCACAGCAACCCUCUGAUGCACACCAAGCUGCUGGUGACCAGCACCCCCCCUCCAGCUGCAGCCCAGGCCUCCAUCAUCCAGACCCAAACCGGGUCCGCCACCACUCUGGCGGGGGCCAAAUCCGCCAUCAAUGGGGUGGCGCAGCCUGCCUUGGGGGUGGUGAGGCCGGCCGGCGCUCCUGUUGGAGGUGCCACUUCCAUCCAGCCGCAGAGACCCGGACUGGUGACCGCUACGACCCGGGCGGUUGCCCCCCAGACCACCCUCGCUGUUCGGCCCCAGCAGCAGACCACCAUUCAGCUGCCACCUGGCUUCACCAUGCCUCCAGGCAUGGUUCUGGUCCGGACCGAGACGGGUCAGCUGGUCUUGGUUCCUCAGCAGGCUCUGGCCCAGGCUCAGGCCAAGCUGCAGCAGGGGCAGACGGUGGUGACCCAGAGACCCGCGGCGCCGCUGGCCGCACCCACCAUCCGGGUCAGCACCGCCCCCACGGCGCCCGGAGGCCCCCAGGCGGUCCGGCUGGCUUCACCCACUCCCACCAGAAUAGUCCAGUCUCCCUCCACCGCCACUGUACAGCCCCUCACGGUUCCUGCUGCUGGACCCGUGAAGAUGGCGGCGCCUCAGAAGACCCCCACGGUGAUCACGGCGGGAGUGACGCCGACAGUCAAGCCUGCUCCCCUGGCCGCCGCUGCCACGCCGCCUCCCGCUGCGGCGCCGGGGUCCCGGGCCCCCGUGGUGUCGCAGGAAAUGCAGGAAAACGUGAAGAAAUGCAAAAACUUCCUGUCCACGCUCAUCAAGCUGGCGUCUCACAACUCCCCGUCCCCGGAGACGUCCAAGAAUGUGAAGGCCCUCGUCCAGGACCUCCUUGACGCAAAGAUUGAACCUGAGGAGUUCACGUCUCGACUGCAGGCUGAGCUGAAGUCCUCCCCACAGCCCUACCUCAUCCCCUUCCUCAAGAAAAGCCUCCCGGCUCUGCGUCAGACUCUGCUCAACAGCCAGCAGUCUCUGACAACGGCUCCGCCCACCACCUCGGCUCCGCCUCAGACUGUCGCCGCCGCCACCAUCAUCAGGCCGCUGCAGCCCGUCAACACGGCAGGAACCACGGUCCGCCUGAACCCGCCUGUCGCUAACACGGCGGCUGUGGUACGCUCAGCCACGUGUUCUCCGGCGAUGGGCAGAACUGCAGUCCAGACUAUCCAGGCCCGCUCUCCCGUGGUCCUCAGUCAGCCACUCAGACAUCAAGCCACGCUGUUACGAGGUCCCUCGACCAUGGCGGGUAAACCUCCUGUCCACCUGGGAGCCCAGGCCAAUCAGAAGAAACCGACCGAUCCAGGGGGCGGGACCUUCAGAGACGAUGACGACAUCAACGACGUGGCGUCCAUGGCCGGGGUCAACCUUAACGAGGAAAAUGCCCGUAUCCUAGCAACAAGCUCGGAGCUAGUCGGCACGAAGAUCCGGUCCUGUAAGGACGAAUCCUUCCUGCCUCCGGGCCUGCUGCACCGCCGCAUCCUGGACUCAGCCAAGAAGCUGGGAGUGACCGAGGUGCCGCUGGACGUCGUGAACCUCAUCUCGCACGCCACCGAGUCCAGGCUGCGCUCGCUGCUGGAGAAGGCCUCUGUGAUUGCUCAGCACCGCGCAGACGGAGCUAAGGAUGAAGGGAGCCUGACCUACGAGCAGACGUCGGACGUUCGAUCCCAGCUGCGGUUCUUCGAGGCGUUGGAGCGGAUGGAGAAACAGCGAAAGGACGAACAGGAGCGAGAGAUUCUGCUGAAGGCCGCCAAGAGUCGGGCCCGACAGGAGGAUCCGGAGCAGGCUCGAUUAAAGCAGAAGGCUAAAGAGAUGCAGCAGCAGGAACUGGCUCAGAUGCGACAGCGAGAUGCCAACCUCACGGCCCUCGCCGCCAUUGGGCCGAGGAAGAAACGCAAGCUGGAGUCUGGAGGCGGAGCUUCAGGGAGCAGUGAGGUGACGUCAGGAUCCGGUACCAGCUCCCCCGCCUCCUCCUCCCGGCAGCAGCUGCGGCAGCGGAUCACCCGGGUCAACCUCAGGGACUUCAUCCUGUGUCUGGAGCAGGACCGCAGCACGGCUCGCUCUCUGACGCUCUACAAGGCCCUGCUGAAGUGACCAGCGCCCCGCUCCUCCAGCGGCCCGCGGCGCCCGCGGCGGUCC